AUGGCAGCACACACCAACUCCUUUGUUCGAACUUUUAGCAAUGUUAGCAGAGCAAGUGCUAGGUCUAAAACCACUUCUGAUAGCGUUGAUGUUGUUCAAAAUAGAAUGCCUGAACACCACUAUUAUAGAACCUUAUGGUGGGAAAAAGGCGAUUUUCAUCAAAAAGCAAAUUGGAAAGAAGCAACACUUCCGUAUACACUUGCCGUUGGCGUCACCUUGGAUGAAUAUGAACGGCGUUCAGACAAGUUUAACGUUCGUGGCUAUUGGGAAUGGGUUGAUUAUAAAGUCAUCAUUUAUGAACUUCCAUCAAAGCCACACGAAACUCUUAUUGGUGCGAUCAUUUCAGAGAUAGUAGAGAAAUGUCUUCCUGUUAAACGAACUGAUGCCAGUAUCGGGAAUCUCGGCGCAAUCCGGACUCGCGCUGACAAUUCUGGGAAAGAAGCGGAUGCAUGUUUUCGUCCUUCAAAACCACGAGUACGACCACCAAAUGGGUGUGAUGAACAGGAUGAACCAUGGCCGAAUCUCGUCGUCGAAGUGGCUCAUUCUGAGAGUGAAGAGCAUGUCCUGGAAAAAGUGAAAGAUUACUGGUUAGGUAACCUUAGUCGUGUUCAUGACGCGAUCGUUGUUAAGAUUGGUGAAGCACCUCUAGGCCAACCUCCUUUAUGGAUGCAAGCAUGGCAUUUUUGCGUCAGUGACAGACCCAGAAGAACAGCAGAUAUCCAACCUCGGACUUAUUUUGAAUUUGGCACCCACGACCAAUAUGGGAAUCCGACAAAUAUUAUACCAGGUCAAUGUGUCAUCAACAUUUCUUUGGAUUGUUUGUAUCAUGAUGCAUUUCCUAGAAUCACAAUUCAUCGACAACUUCUCCCGGAUUCAAUUGUAUUUGAUUUCCUGCUAAUUCGAGACGAAUUCCUCCCUCAUCUCGAAAAGAAUUUAUUGGAAACCGAGAUAAAUGUAUCAUCUGCAUCACAACCCAAGAAAGAUUUACCAAAAGCAUAG